AUGUCCGCACGUAUGGGACAUGAGACUCUUCGGGGUAUCCUGAGCCAAGAGAAGCCGGCCAUUACCUUAGGAUUCGGCCCUACGGACGGUGUUGCCGUAAACAACUCAUGGCCACGAAUCAACCGUCCCACCAUCUGGAAAGCAUUCACUCUGGAAACUCUAAACCAGAGCUAUGGACACAUCCUCGACGCGGCAAAUCCUGCGGGAACAUACGGCACUAUCCCCCGGGCUGAAGACGUUGGCAAAAUCACCAACGCCGAACUACCCGAACACCUCGAACCGCAGAGCAAGUGGAACAACAGCAUCUUGAAGUGCAGUGUCGACUUUGCCAAAGGCAAGCUGCCAUCUCCCAUCCGCGGCAACGUCGAAUAUUUACCGCCCACAAACCAUCACCUGGGAAUCGCCCCUCGUCAAACCCACGUCAUCAAACUCGCCGGCUUUGACGAGCCUUAUCUCGUGGUCGGCUUACGCCGCUUGACCAGCCAAUGGGCCGGUAAUACGCUUGCUACCCGUAUCAAGGCGGGACUUGACAUUAGAGCCAAUCACUUAUGGCCGGUCAGGCAGCUGGCCGACGCAUGCUGCAGGGUUGGAACCCGCUAUGGAUUUAUCCAGACGGAGGAGGAACUUGUCGUGUUCUGCUUCAGCAAGGCUGCCGAUGAGACCUUGAGCGUGACCUUGAAUGCUAUCUCCUGGGCCAACUACGACGGCCAGUACCACCUGACCACGAAUCUCGCCCUCUGGUGGCUUUGCAUGCUCGCCAUCUCCGGCCCAGAGAAUCGGAGGAUCUGUGCGGAGCAGGACAUGGUACCCCUCGAUAAAUGGAGUGACCCCGUCUCUGAGGAUUUUCUUCUGGCAGCGCAGCACCAUUACUACUCUGGCUUCACCAGAUAUCUUCCUCUUUGA